UCCCCGGGCAGGCGAGCGGGCGGGUUGCUGGGGCGCCUCCACCUCCUCUUCCUAAAGCGGCGAGGCGCAGACGAGCGGCAUCACUCGAGCCCAGGUCCCAGCCACAGCCACACACAGCGCCCCACGUUCAGGAAGAGGAGCAGCAGCGGCUACAGCGGCAGGCGGGCGCCAGAAAGGCCCCGAUCGAAAAGCCUGGGAGGGCCGCCGAGCUACCCCCGGAGGAGGAGCCAGUCCCAGCCCAAGGCGCCACCGCCGCAGAAGCAGUGCGGAGCAGCAGUCGCCUUCAUGGCCCACUCACCGGUGGCUGUCCAAGUGCCCGGGAUGCAGAAUAAUAUAGCUGAUCCAGAAGAAUUGUUCACAAAAUUAGAACGCAUUGGGAAAGGCUCAUUUGGAGAAGUUUUCAAAGGAAUUGAUAAUCGUACCCAGCAAGUGGUUGCUAUUAAAAUCAUAGAUCUCGAGGAAGCCGAAGAUGAAAUAGAAGACAUUCAGCAAGAAAUAACUGUUUUGAGUCAGUGUGACAGCUCAUAUGUAACAAAAUACUAUGGGUCAUAUUUAAAGGGUUCAAAGUUAUGGAUAAUAAUGGAAUACCUGGGUGGUGGUUCAGCACUGGAUCUUCUGCGAGCUGGUCCAUUUGAUGAAUUCCAGAUUGCUACCAUGCUAAAGGAAAUUUUGAAAGGUCUGGACUAUCUGCAUUCAGAAAAGAAAAUUCACCGAGACAUAAAAGCUGCCAAUGUCUUGCUCUCAGAACAAGGAGAUGUUAAACUAGCUGACUUUGGAGUUGCCGGCCAACUGACAGAUACACAAAUAAAGAGAAAUACCUUUGUGGGAACUCCAUUUUGGAUGGCUCCUGAAGUUAUUCAGCAGUCAGCUUAUGACUCAAAAGCUGACAUUUGGUCAUUGGGAAUUACUGCUAUUGAACUAGCCAAGGGAGAGCCACCUAACUCUGAUAUGCACCCAAUGAGAGUUCUUUUUCUUAUUCCAAAAAACAAUCCUCCAACUCUCGUUGGAGACUUUACUAAGUCUUUUAAGGAGUUUAUUGAUGCUUGCCUGAACAAAGAUCCAUCAUUUCGUCCCACAGCUAAAGAACUUCUGAAACACAAAUUCAUUGUAAAAAAUUCAAAGAAGACUUCUUAUCUGACUGAACUGAUAGAUCGAUUUAAGAGAUGGAAGGCAGAAGGACACAGUGAUGAUGAAUCUGAUUCCGAGGGCUCUGAUUCGGAAUCCACCAGCAGGGAAAAUAAUACUCAUCCUGAAUGGAGUUUUACCACCGUGCGAAAGAAGCCUGAUCCAAAGAAACUGCAGAAUGGGGCAGAGCAAGAUCUUGUGCAAACCCUCAGCUGUUUGUCUAUGAUAAUAACACCUGCGUUUGCUGAACUUAAACAGCAGGAUGAGAAUAAUGCUAGCAGGAAUCAGGCAAUUGAAGAACUCGAGAAAAGUAUUGCUGUGGCUGAAGCUGCCUGUCCUGGCAUCACAGAUAAAAUGGUGAAGAAAUUAAUUGAAAAAUUUCAAAAGUGUUCGGCCGAUGAAUCUCCCUAAGAAACUUGUUACUGGCUUCUGUUUCAUAUGGACCCAGAGAGACCCACUUAAGCUACUUCAAGCUUAACAAUGCUUAACUCAUGAGCUCCAUGUGCCUUUUGGAUCUUUGCAACAUUGAAGAUUUGGAAGAAGCUAUUCAACUAUUUUGUGAUGGUGUUUAUCAUUUUAUAUUUUAAAGAGAUUAUUUUGUAAGGAAUAACUUUUAAUACUAUAGUUUCACCUGUAUUUUAGUAAUUGUUGAGAUACAGUUUUGCUUUUAGGUAUUAUUAUUUUUUUAAGUUACUAGGAUGAAUACCUUUCAUGGUUUAACCUUUAGUUAACUGUACACUCAUGAAACGUACAGGUCUUUCAAAGUCAUCCUAAGUAUUCAACUUUUAUAAAUCAUCAAGCUUCAUAAAGCUUUUUUUACACAAGCAUAUUUUAAAAAUGACUAUUGGUGGUAAGGUAGAGAUAAUCAUACCUUCUUAAAACAGAAGUUUUAAAUAAGCUGUUGGAAAUGAAUCCUGGAAAAGUAUUGACUCAUCUACCAAGGUGGAAUAUUCCAGGCGGCUCAAUGAUGAUCACAUUUGAGAUCUCUGUGUUUGAAGCAUUUUCAGGCAACAUGUAGCAACAGAGGUACCUCUUGGUGUGCAGUAUUUACCUUCUCAUUUAGAUGAAAGAGGCAUUUAAUUUUUAUUUAACAUGAUUAGAAAUGUAAAGCAAUAUCAUUUAGCCAAGGAUGAGUUUUUGGUAAUACUGGAGGAAUUAGUUUGGUUUCAUUUUUUUUAAAUCUUCAGCUCAAAUUGCUUAUUAUAUGUUUGGAUUUGGAGAGCUUAAAAAAAAAAUGAUUGUCAUGUGAUUAAAUACCUGAUCAGCAGGUAUGAAUAUAACUCACACCAGCAUAUUUUUUUCAUGGUAGUAAAUUGUCCUAUAAACUAUUUAUACAUUUUUGUCCUUCAUAAUUAUUAGUACAUAAGCAUCAUUUCUUAAUUUUUAAAAGGGUAUUUAAAGAAGCAUUUUCUAGUUCAUAUGAAAAUAACCAUAGUACAGGAUGAUUUCUGUCCAUAUGAAGGUAAGUUAGACUGUACAGUUGAUUUUCAGUUGUAUUUAUGGUACUGUUGAGUGGGUAAUACCUUUUUCUUUUAAGCCCAGUAUAUAUAUUAUGCCUGCCUAAGUUCUGAACUGGGGCUAUAUUUCUGUAGUUGUAGAAUUAUUGAUGUUAAUUAGUUUUUGUAGUUUGGAUCUGCACAUUUUGGUUUUUGCACAAAAGUCAUUUUUUUUAAUUGCCAAAUAUUAGAAGAAAGAUUUCUUCAUGUAAAGAAUACAUUUUUAGUCAAAGUAGCCAUUACAUCCUUUUUAAAAAAAUAAUGAAGACACUUGAGAAAGUUAUUGUGGUGUCAAAUGCCAAGAAAAUACUUUUCGUUGGUGCCUAUGCUGUAAUAAUUACUUUUAACACAUUGUAUUUUGAAGUCAAGGUUCAGUUAAAUUUUUCACCUGCUGUUUAACAAACUCAAUUACAGUUUAUAAUUUGUAGAGGUCUGGAAAUAAUUUUGCAACUCAUAUCAUAGAUUAAAUGAAUAUUUUUGUAAAAGUAAAAGCGAUAAAUUUAUUAUUUGAAAGUUUACAACACAACUGCAUCACAGACACAAAUUGUAUUGCUUAUUCAGUAUAGUUACUAGUUCUGUAAACUGUUUCUAGGUGAAGCAUACUUUAGUGUUUGGGGGAUUUUAAAAAUAAAUAUUUAAAUUUCAUGGUC